AUGAUGGACGAAGAUGGUAACCAGCCGGGUGGCGACGAGACUCAGAGCAGGCUCGGCGUGACUCUGCUGUCUGUCCUGGGUUACCUCUCCCAAGCACUCGACGUUCUGAAACUGGCGAAUCAGAGCGAAACACGUAAGUCCCUGCUGGGGAUGCUCGUGGAGGCCACACGAUUUUCGCUAGACGAUCAACAGCGGGUGGAGGGAGGCAGGAAGGGAUACGCCGGUGCUGAUCGGACGAGGGUUUCGGUGGGCGGAGGCCGGACGGUGGAGGCCUGGAGACUUCCGUACCGUAUGCUUCUCAAGUUAACGGACCCGCAGCAUGGCAAACCGCUUGACACAGCCGCUUGUAUCCUCUUGGCCAUUGGCCCGCACAUCCUCAUGACGCACGCUGACGUCACCGCCACCAGCAGCAACAGCUCGAAAGCUCCGAGCCUGGUUUCCCCCUCGCUGCUGCGGUCCCGCGCCCUCGAUUUUGUCACAUCCGAUAUUCUCACGAAAGCGCCAAAGGAGAGUGUCCCCGCGGUUGAGUCUCUGAUGCGUUACCUGUGCCUGCAUGCGCCAGAGAGAGCGGAAGGGAGGGCGGCGGCGGUGGAAGCGGUUAUGAAGGUGUACGAAACGGUGGGGAGGAAGGAGAGGGAGGGGUUUUUUCUGUUCGUGGGGAAGCUGGCGAGGGUUGAUAGGGCAGCCGCGAGGGUGGUGGCUCUGGAUCUAAGUGCUGCUCUGGUUGAACGGAUGGCAAUGACGUGGGGGAGAGGGGUAAGGGGGCAAGGGAGCAUGGGGUCGGGGGCUAUGGAAGAGGGUGGUGGGGGUGGGAGUCGUGAUGGGGAAGGGGGGGAUCCAGGGAUUGAGAAGGGGAGUGGGGAGGCAGCCAGUGGGGAAAGGGGGACUGAGUCUGGGAGGGAGGGGGGAGAUGGAGAGGGCGACAAGGGGGAUGAAGUGAGUCUGAGUCAGGGGUCAGCUUCGGAAGGAGAUGCUCACAGUGGCAGGGAGAGUGGAAAUGGCACGGGGGUUGGGAAUGACAGCAGAGAGUCUGGGGAUAGCAGCGGGAAUGGAAGCGUGAGAGACGUUCUGAUCAGCCGUGUUGGCGGCUGUUUGGAGCUCAUGUUUCCCGAGCCUGACGCAAGUAUUGGCCGUGGGUCCGGGCUGAGUGGGGAAUCGGAGCCUGGAGAAGCAUUGGGAGCUGGGACGGGUGGGUCGGUUCUGAGCGUUGAGGAGGUGUUGGGCAUGGUGAGGAGGCGUUUGGAGGACGAGAAGGGGCUCGUGCGCAAGGCGGCGGUGGGGGCUCUGGAGGAAAUUGUUGGGCUGUCGAGGCUGCCGCUGAGAGAAGAACUGGUGGAUGCCAUUGGGGAGCUGUGCUCUGACUCGCUGCUGAGCGUCCGGAGGGUGGCUCUCAACGCGUUGUCAAAGUUGACCAUGUCAAACCCAGGCCACGUGUGGCUGCGCGCCAAGUGGCUGCAGUCCGCGCUCGUUCUCAUUCUCGACAACGAGGCCACUGUGCAGGACCAGGCGCUAGACCUCCUCUCCUCCCUGCUCCUCCAACCCCUCGGCCUCAUCUCCGCGUCUCCCCGCCCCUCUGCGGCUUCGAGGAUGAGUCUGUGCAAGGAUAGGCCGCUGCACGUGUGUGUGGGGAGGAGGGGGGUGCCUCCUGCCCCUGUGCUCUGUGAAGGGGAGGGAGUCUGUGAGGUGUGUGGGCGGGCCGCUGGGGGAGAGGGUGCUGGAGCAGCAGGAGGAGGAAACGCAGCAGCAGGAGAAGCAGGAGCACCAGUAGUCGCUGAAGGGUCAGUGCGAAGUGUAGUGGCGUGGCUGAUGGCGGUUGGGCAAGGGAGCUCGUCGGUGGUGCCGCUGCUGCACCGCGCAUGUGCGGUUCUGGCAAGGCGAAACGCGCUCCACGCGAGGCUCGUGGAAGGGCUGCAGGCGGUGAUUGAAGCAGCCGAGGGAUGGCAGAAUGCGCAGCAGCAACCACAGCAGCAGCAGCAGCAGCAGCCGAAUGGGAAGGGAAGUUCAGUAGGAAAGGCAGCAGGUGUGAAGGGGGGCAGUCCCAGCAGGGUGUGGAGGUGGGUGGUGAGGGGCGCGUGGCUGUUACUGCUGGAAGUCACCUCCUUCUCGCCACAGGGGGUCAGAUGGGAGUUUCUGAUUUCCAGAUGGAGGGACGGCAGGAAGCAGCAGGAAGCUAGAGCUGCUCGUCCUGAGUCGGUCUCUGCCACACCUGCUCUUGAUCACGAUGCUGCUGAGAGUGCAACUCCAGGUUUUGGUUCCAGGGACUUGGGCGGACAGGAGAGAAGAGCAGGAGUUUUGCACGGGCAGGUAAAGGAGGCAGAAGUGCUGGACGGGCAGGAGAGGGAGGCGCAAGUGCAUGUGCUCAAGGCUCUCUGCAACGUUGCUGCACGGAUCCCAGGGGAGAAAGCUGCUGACGUGGCAGCAGGGUUGCUGCACAACCUGCGGAGCUUCCAGCUGUCCCCAGAAGAGGAGCUGCAGUGCAGCCCACUCCCCUCAGUGCGCAACAACCUGGUCAUCAUUCUCACAGACCUCUGUGUGCGCCACACCGCCUUCGUCGACCCCCACGAGCUGCAACGAAGCCCACUCCCCUCAGUGCGCAACAACCUGGUCAUCAUUCUCACAGACCUCUGUGUGCGCUACACGGCCCUCGUGGACCCCCACGUGCCUUGCAUCUCUGCCUGCCUGCGCGACCCCUGCGAGCUCGUGAGGCGGCAGACGCUCGUGCUGCUGGCGGGGUUGCUGCAGCGGGACUAUGUCAAGUGGCGUGGAGCGCUGGUGCUGCGCGUGCUGCUGUGCAUUGUGGAUGAGUCGCAGGCGAUUAGGGAGGUGGCUCUUUAUCUCUUCACACACGUCGUUCCUCGGCUGCUGCAGAAGGACUAUGUGAAGAGGCGUGGGGCGCUGGUGCUGCGCGUGCUGCUGUGCAUUGUGGAUGAGAGCAGUGCCAUCAGGGACGUGGCCCUUCACAUCUUCACACAUGUUGUUCCCCGCCGUGUGCCCCUCGUGCCCUACAACACCUUCAUAGAAGCCCUCUUUGCUCUCAACGCCUGCCCCCUCGCCCCCUCCUCCACCACCACGGCUCUGCUCCUUCCUUAUUCACCCCUCUCCACCCCUUUCCACCCUUCUCCAUCUCUCCCCACCCAUCCACAGGCCGUGUGCCCCUCGUGCCCUACAACAUAUUCAUCGAAGCCUUUGUUGCACUCAAUGCAUGCCCCUUCGCCCCCUCUUCAACCACCAAUUUUCGGUCACAUCCCUAUUCACCCCUCUCCACCCUUUUCCAUCCCUUUCCCACCCCUUCCACCCCUCUCCACCUCUGUCCACCCCUCCACAGGCCGUGUGCCCCUCGUGCCAUACAACAUCUUCAUAGAAGCCCUCUUUGCUCUCAACGCCUGCCCCUUUGCCCCCUCCUCUACUACCACCGCCCCGCCUCUCCCCUCCUCCGGCCCUCGACCCUCCUCUUCCAGCCCUCCCAACCCUGCCUCAGCCAACCCUAGCUCGUCCAAUCCUGGCUCCUCCAAAGCUGCCCCCUGCGAUCCAUCGCAACCCAACUGCCCCAAUUCAAGUUCUCCCGUCGAGGGCAUCCAUGAGGGAGAUGGCUGGCCAGGGAAGAGAGGGGCGCGGAGUGGAAGGGGCGCAGGGGCAGAGAGGGAGGGCUUGGAUGAGGAUUUAGAGCGCUUCUCAUUGAGCGGCCCAUCUCGCCACGUGGCACGAACCACUGUGUACCGCACUCUACUCCGCCUCAUGGCUCGAGAGCACCAUCUCGCUCUCUCUGCCAAGCUCUGCCUACAGAGUCUGCAGGAGCCUCUAGCAUCGCUUUCAUUGCUCCUCGUCCCCCUGCCUGCAGCUGCUGCUAUCCACCACACAAACCUCUACCUCUCUCCAUUGCCUGUAGACACCUUGGUGCUCGCGCCCUUGCUAGACGGCGCCCUGCCGCUAUCCUGCCCCUCCGUGCAAGCCGUGGUAGGGGACGCCCUGGACGUGCUCUCAUGCAAGGAGAUGCGCCCAGGCUCAUUCAAGGCGGCAGGCGCGGACAAGGACGACGGCGCCCUGCCUCUCUCCUGCCCUUCUGUGCAAGCCGUGGUGGGGGAUGCUUUGUUUGAAUCUGGGUGCAGCAUCCCUAUUCUCACACCACCUUAUCCUGCCUGCAAACCUUUCCCCUACCAACAGGUGCUCGCGCCCUUGCUAGACGGCGCCCUGCCGCUCUCCUGCCCCUCGGUGCAAACCGUGGUAGGGGACGCCCUGGACGUGCUCUCAUGCAAGGAGAUGCGCCCAGGCUCGGGCAAGGCCGCAGGUGCGGAGGAGGACGGGGAGGAGGAGGCAGGAGGAAGCGCAGGCGGGGUUACAGGGGGAGGAGGUAGCAGUGGUGGCGGGAGGGCAGGAGGAGGAGCAGCAGGAGGAGGAGCUGGGGCGUUGGCGAAUGCUUUGAAGGGGCGGGUGGUUACUCAGCUGAUGAAGAAGAAUCUGGUCGAGAACACCAUUCCUGUUCUGAUCGAGCUCAAGAGGCUGCUGGAGGCUCGGAACAGCCCGCUGCAGGGGGCGCUGAUGGCGUGUCUGCGGUGCUUGUUCAAGGAGUAUAAGGAGGAGAUUGAGGACUUGCUAGCGGCGGAUCCGCAGCUGGGGAAAGAGCUUGUGUAUGACAUUCAGAAGCACGAGGCCGCACGGGCUAGAGCUGCUGCAGCUGCCAGGGCUGCCGGUAGUGAUUCUGCUGGUGGUGUUGGUGGUGGUGUUGCUGCUGGUGGUGUUGGUGGUGGUGGUGGUAGUAGUGGAGUGAGAGAGAGGAGGGGCGUGGGGCGUGGCAGGGGGGCACAGGAGGAGGAUGGGGAUGGAGUGGGGAAGGGGAGGGUUGGUGGUGGGGGGAGUAUGAGAUUUCAGGAGAGAUUGACGAGGGAAGGGGGAGAGGUUGGUGGAAGGGGUUGUGAGAGUGAGGUGGAGAGGGUGAGAGAAACAGAGGAGGGUGAGAGUGAGGAGGCGGGCUUGUGUGGGAAGGAUGGAGAGGGAAGGGGUCGGGGAAAGAAGAAGGGGGGUGUCAUGAAGGAGAACGAUCAGUGUGCAGCAGUGGAGAAAGGAAGGGUUGGAAAGGGUAGGAAGGGAGAAGCAGCAGAUGGGAAUCAGCAAGGCGCGGAAGGAAGAUGGAAGGGAGGAUCUGAGACCGAAUCCGCAGCCAGAGAAGGCAGGGGGAAGGGGUACAGAGGGGUGGUGCAAGGUGACGAGGGGCAGGGGAAGGGAGUGAGAAGGAGCAUGGGGGAGGAUUUGCCACCACGACGAGCCACCCGGCAGUCAGCAAGAGUCAAGCGAUAG